CACUGCCAAGCAGUAAAACCGGUGCAAUACAACCUCAUAUUCUUUGAUUCCAUCCACCCCAUCCAACUCUGCUUCUCUCUCCAUAUAGGAAGAGUGACAUCGUCCCGCCACCAGCUGUCUUGGAUCACACCCUCACUUUACCAAGUUGGAUGACCCGGCUCGCCUUCAUAUACCAUCAAGCGAUCGAGAUCCGUUGAUCGAUCUUCAUUUCCAUCACAUCUCACAAACCACGAAACCCCGCCACAAGAUGUCUUCAUAUUGUGCAAACUACUAUGGCUCCGUCAACUGCCACAAUGUCGUCAGCCGUUUCGGCGAUCGCUGCAAGCUGUGCCUCUCCCUCAAAAGCGGCGCCUCGAUGAGUGACGGCCUGCUGCCCGAGGACGCCCACCGCUCCAAAGGCUCCGCCAUCGAAGUUCCCAGGAGACAUCACCACCGUCCCCACGAGUCGUCAUCAGGCAGGACUGUCCGGGUUGACCCUCGAUACAAGAACUGAAUGGGCUCUUCGCUCCUCUUCAGUCUCGUCAGGCCACCAGAGAAGCUAAAAGGAACAUCAACAAUUAUCACGAUAUGAAAUGACGUCAAGUCAACCCCCACACCGCAGGAGGGCUAUUCUGUGGAUUGGGGUCCCAUCCAUCUGCCCGGCAGAAGGUACAAACGGGGCACGGGGUUGACUUGCAAAGGCGCAAAUGGGAUGGCCGCAACGAGGUGUACUACUGGGAAUCAAUCAAUGGGUCGGUCAUGGAAUUCUCAAAAUUGCGAGGUCAUUUGUCACUUGGAGUCUGGAUCUGGGAUUUUUUCUCGUUGCUUUUUGGGUGCGGUCAUGUUUCAGAAGAAGAAGAAAUCAUCUUGAGUUACUGGUUUUGUAACGAUCAAGAAGCUUCUGUGCUGGACACGGGAUCGAAUAAUCAGUAUCAAAAUAAUCCAUGAGUCGGGGAAAGAGGGAACAGGAGGACAAUGGAAAUCGGCUAAGCAGAUUGCAUCAGACUGAUUGGAGGUUUUCAAAAAGGAAUAGUAACAGUCAUGAGACAUCAAUUCGUU